AUAAAUACUGAGCCAAAGAUGCAUCUUUCCUUUCUGAGGACUGGGGCCCUUUAUGGAUUAUAAUCAGGCCAAUCAAAUCCUUCCCACCGACAACCAUCCCAGCACCAACAGGGACCUUUAAAUUCUAGAGAAACAAUAAUUAGCCACCAUGGUGGGACUCAAACCCUCAGAUGUUCCUCCUCCUCUGGGAGUGAAGAUGGCGAGUGCUGGACUCGCAGCCUGUAUAGCUGACAUUGUCACUUUUCCUCUGGACACAGCCAAAGUCAGACUACAGAUUCAGGGAGAGAAGACACCAGUAGGAGGGAUCCGCUACAGAGGGGUGUUUGGUACCAUCGCCACCAUGGUCCGGACAGAAGGGCCCCGGUCUCUGUACAACGGGCUGGUGGCCGGGCUGCAGAGACAAGUGUGCUUCGCCUCCAUCAGAAUCGGCCUCUACGACAAUGUCAAAAACUUCUACACAGGAGGAAAAGACGACCCUAACGUGCUGAUCCGCAUCCUGGCUGGUUGCACCACAGGCGCCAUGGCUGUGUCCUUCGCACAACCUACUGAUGUGGUCAAGGUUCGGUUCCAGGCCCAAAUGAAUCUAGAUGGUGUAGCCCGUCGUUACAGUGGCACCAUGCAAGCCUACAAACACAUCUUUCAGAAUGAAGGCAUUCGUGGACUCUGGAAAGGCACACUACCAAACAUCACCAGAAAUGCACUUGUAAACUGCACAGAGCUGGUCACAUAUGACCUGAUCAAAGAGGCCAUCCUCAGACACAAGCUGAUGUCAGAUAAUCUGCCGUGCCACUUUGUAUCAGCGUUUGGAGCUGGCUUUGUUACCACAGUGAUCGCCUCUCCAGUAGACGUGGUGAAAACUCGAUACAUGAACUCGCCUCCAGGACAGUACAAGAGUGCAAUAAACUGUGCCUGGACCAUGAUGACUAAAGAGGGACCCACAGCUUUCUACAAAGGAUUCGUGCCCUCGUUUCUGAGGUUGGGAUCCUGGAACAUUGUCAUGUUUGUGUCAUUUGAACAAAUCAAGAGAGCCAUGAUGGUCACAAAGAAGAAGAUGGAGGCCACAAGCUAAAAUUACAGACUUGAACUACCACUGUGCUGAACCAGCCACCUGAAUAUGAAACUAUGUCUUAGCUAUUUCUUCUUGGGGCAAAGAACAUCCUUUGUUGAAAAAGGACUGUUGGACAAUCUAUCUUUUAUUUUAUAUAUGAAGAAGAAACGCAGUUAUUUCUCUGUAUUUAUAAUUUUCCAGUCAAUCCUGUUCCGAAUUGAAUGGGAGUAAAUGGUGCGAGCAUAAGCUUGCACUUUAAAACAAAAGUCUGCCUCAUGUUAAGGCAGUUUAAACCACUGCACCUUUAUACGAGAAACAACUGUUGCCAGGAAUAACUUGUAAAACAACUUAUAAAUAUAUUUGACUUGUUUUACAGA